AUGGUAGAAGAUGCAACGGAGGUCUUUAUGGAUGACUUCUCAGUUGUGGGAAAUACUUUUGAAGCAUGCUUGGCACAAUUGGGUAUGGUCCUUCAAAGAUGUGUUGAGACAAAUUUGGUCCUAAGUUGGGAGAAAUAUCAUUUCAUGGUUAGGGAUUGUAUAGUUCUUGGUCACAAAGUGUCACAAAAAGGGCUGGAAGUUGAUAAGGCAAAGAUCGAGGUAAUUGAGAAGCUACCACCACCAAUCUUAGUAAAAUGUAUUCGUAGUUUCUUGGGGCAUGCUGGUUUUUACCGGAGGUUCAUCAAAGACUUUUCAAAAAUUGGACACCCCUUGUGCAAGCUUUUGGAGAAGGAGGCGACAUUCAACUUUGAUGAUGCAUGUAUGGUAGCCUUUAAGUGCUUGAAAGAGAAAUUGAUCUCUUCCUCAGUUAUCAUUAGUCCUGAUUGGUCGGCACCCUUCGAAGUGAUGUGUGAUGCAAGUGUUACUGAGCAAGAAUUACUUUCGGUGGUAUAUGCAUUUGAAAAUUUUUGGGCGUACUUGCUAGGAAUCAAAGUGGUUGUUCACACUGAUCACACAACUUUGCCUUAUUUAAUGGCAAAGAAAGACGUGAAGCCAGGAUUAAUAAUGUGGGUGUUAUUAUUGCAAGAAUUUGUCUUUGAAGUCAAAGAUAGAAGAGGUUUUCAAAAUCGGGUGGUUGACCAUCUAUCUAGGUUAGAAGGCAAGGAGAAUGAAGAGCUGGUGGUGGAAAUCAAUGACUUAUUUACCGAUGAACAAGUAUUCAUGGUCACUCUAAAGCAAACUCCUUGGUUGUUUGCAUCCGCAUUGAGCAAAUACGGGGUGCGAGAUAAAGUAGCAACACCAUAUCAUCCUCAAACGAGUGGCCAAGUGGAUAUUUCGAAUUGGGAGAAUAAGAACAUCUUGGCUAAGACUGUGAAUGCAAAUAGGACUGAUUGGUGUCGAAAGCUAGAUGAUCUCUUUGGGUUUAGGGCAUAUGAAUGUUCAGCCCUCUACAAGAAAAAGAUGAAGAAGUGGCAUGAUUCUAAAAUCCUAAGGAGGGAGUUCCGAAUUGGAGAUUGGGUGUUGCUAUACAAUUCUCGACUGAGACUCUUUCCGAAAAAGCUCAAAUCAAUGUGGUCAGGCCCAUUUAGAGUAACACGAGUGUUCGCAAAUGGAGUCAUUGAAGUUGAAGAUAUGGCUAGGACCAACUUGGACAAUAGCGGUAUGCCGCCCCAAAAACGAGCAUGGGGCAAAAUGAUUAAUGAGGGAGCAACUGCUCCUUCUAAAAAGGGGAAGCAAGCACCUCCAAAGGGAGACAAGGGCAAAGGAAAAGUGCCCGUGGCGGAGAGACUGAAGCACAACUCUGGCAGUGAUGGGGAGUUUGCUCACUCUCAGUCCUCAUUCUCAGAACAUGAGGAUGACCAGCCACUACAAACCAGGCGGACUAAGGUCCGUGCCGUUGUUCGCUAG